AUGGCUACAGACAAUGUCUACGUUCUCUUCUUCUUAUUGGCCUUCCUAUGCAUUCAACUGAUAAAACCCAACGUCUGCGACGGAGCUCUAACCUCAGGCUGCAUCCCUGCCGAAAGAAGUGCUCUACUUGAGUUCAAACGAGGCCUGAAAGAUCCUACCAACAGGCUGUCCUCUUGGGUGGGUGAAGACUGCUGCAAAUGGGAGGGUGUGGCGUGCAGCAAUCAUACUGGGCAUGUCGUCAAGCUGGACCUCCAGAAUCCGCAUCCUUUCUCUGAUUUUAGUGACGAGCCAUACAACAACUGGACCUUAGGAGGUGAGUUGAGGCCUUCUUUACUUGGUCUGAAGCACCUAAAGUACCUGGACCUAAGCAUGAACAAUUUUGGAGGCAUUAGUAUUCCAGAAUUCAUGGGGUCAUUCCAUCAACUCCAAUAUCUUAACCUCUCCAGAGCUGGAUUGGGUGGAGUCCUGCCUCACCAGCUGGGAAAUCUCUCCGAUCUGCAGUAUCUAGACUUAUACAAUGACUUGGAUCCCAAUUUUGUGGUUCGGGUCCGUGAAUUUAGCAUUGGUGAUGCACUCUGGAUUUCUCACCUUUCUUCUCUAAAGCAUCUCAACCUGAAGAGUGUUAACUUUCAAAAUGGUACUCACUGGCUGGAAGCUCUGAACAUGCUUCCUUCUAUCGUGGAGAUAUACUUAUCUCUCUGUGAAAUUCCAAGUGUUCCCCUCUCUCUUCCGCAUGUGAACUUUACAUCACUAUCUGUUCUUGAUUUGUCCUAUAAUUUCAUUAGCUCUACGAUACCCUCUUGGUUAUUCAACAUAAGUGGCCUUGAGCAUCUUGAUCUCAGUGAUAACUUAUUUCAGGGUAAUAUUCCACCAGCCUUUGGUAACUUGGCUUCCCUCAAGGGCCUUAAUUUAGCUAACAAUUUUCGUCUUCAAGGAGGAAUACCCACUUCCUUCAAAAAUCUGUGCAAGUUGCAGAAUUUAAUAUUGUCAGGCAUCAAUAUCAGCAAAGAUUUGUUAGAACUCGAUGAAAUUUUCUCUGGUUGCAUCAAGAUGAGCCUAGAGGUUCUAAGCUUAGCUAGAACGAAUAUUAGUGGGCAGUUGCCUGAAUGGUUAUUCCAACUAGCGUCACUCCAAGAGCUCUAUCUUCAUCGAAAUCAACUGAAUGGAACUAUACCAGAAAGCUUGGGACAGCUGUCUCAGCUAGUUGUUUUGGACCUUUGGUACAACCAUUUGGAGGGUGUAAUGUCUGAGGCGCAUUUUGGAAACCUCACAGAAUUGAAAUACUUAACUUUGUCGUCCAACUCCUUGGCUCUGAAGGUCAAGAGCAAUUGGCUUCCUCCCUUCCGGCUAGAAUCCCUUUGGAUGGGCUCCUGCAAACUGGGUCCCGAGUUCCCUGCAUGGCUCCAGUCGCAAAUAAAUAUUUCAGAAAUUGUUAUGUCUAAUGCUAGUAUUAUUGAUGCUAUGCCAAACUGGUUUUGGAGCUUAAUUUCCACGGCAGUGUACGUGAGUGUCUCCGGCAAUCAGAUCAGUGGCCACGUACCCAAUUUGUUGCAUUUAAACAACCUCUACGGGUUGGAUUUAAGUUCAAACUACUUCGAGGGUCCUCUUCCAUAUUUUCCUCCUGGAUUGUCUUUAUUAGAUCUGUCAAACAAUUCAUUUUCAGGAACAAUUUCACUUGCCAUCAUCAUGAAUAUGCCUAACCUCGUAUAUUUAUCGCUUUCGGAAAACAAUUUAAGCGGUGAAAUUCCCUUCUCUAUAUGCCAACUGCAGGUCUUGUGGAUUCUUGAUCUUUCAAAAAAUAUGUUGUCAGGAGAGCUCCCCAAUUGCUGGAAUAAUUCUUCCCCAAUUGAAGUUAUGGAUUUUUCAAGAAACAACAUAUCUGGAGUUAUUCCUGAGUCGAUAUGUUCCUUAGUAUCGCUUCAGUCGUUGCACUUGAGCAAUAACAGUCUAUCUGGAGAGCUGCCUUUGUCCUUGAAGGAUUGUGGGAAAUUAAUCCUUCUUGAUGCCGGACAUAAUGAUUUGAAAGGUGAAAUUCAAACCUGGAUAGGUGAAAGUUUAACUAGUCUGCGGUUCCUCAAUCUGCGAUCAAAUAUGUUGGCCGGAGAUGUUCCUCCAAAUCUUUCAAGAUUGAGUGCUCUCCAAUUUCUCGACCUUGCAGAUAAUGAGCUAUCGGGAACUAUUCCAAGGAGCUUUGGAAAUUUUACUGCCAUGAAAGUAAUUGAAAAUUUUUCGAGUUGGAGGACAGGUCAAAUUAGAUAUAAGGAGCAGAUGUUUAUAACAACUAAAGGAAACACUCGAGCGUAUGAUGUGUCGCUUUCGCUUAUCAAUAUCUUGGACCUCUCGGACAAUAACUUAUUUGGAGGAGUACCUGAAGAACUCACAAGUCUUUUUGGCUUAUUCAGCUUAAAUUUAUCUGGAAACCAUUUCACAGGAGAAAUCAUUGAAAAUAUCAGUAAAUUACAACAGUUGGAGUCCCUUGACUUGUCAAGGAACAACUUUUCUGGCACAAUUCCUUCGAGCCUCGCUGCCCUGACUUCUUUGGCUCACUUGAACCUCUCAUACAACAACUUGUCAGGGGAAAUUCCUCUUGGUAAUCAACUUCUGACCUUCAAUGAUCCAUCUAUCUAUAUUGGCAAUCCUGGUCUUUGUGGGUUUCCUCUGAAUCAAAGUUGCAAAGACAAUGAGACAGCACAAGGUCGAAGUAAUGCAGAUGACAGAGAUGACAACGAGAUGAUAUGGUUCUACAUGAGCAUGGCACCAGGAUUUGUUGUUGGUUUCUGGGCAGUCUGGGGUACAUUGAUACUAAACAAGAAUUGGAACCUUUACUACUUCAGAUUUAUAGACAAUAUACUUGACAAAGUCAAUCAUACUGGGCAUGUCGUCAAGCUGGACCUCCAGAAUCCGCAUCCUUUCUCGGAUUUUGGUGACGAGCCAUACAACAACUGGACCUUAGGAGGUGAGUUGAGGCCUUCUUUACUUGGUCUGAAACACCUGAAGUACCUGGACCUAAGCAUGAACGAUUUUGGAGGCAUUAAUAUUCCAGAAUUCAUGGGGUCAUUCCAUCAACUCCAAUAUCUUAACCUCUCCAGAGCUGGAUUGGGUGGACUCCUGCCUCACCAGCUGGGAAAUCUCUCCAAUCUGCAGUAUCUAGACUUAUCCAAUGACUUGGAUCCCAAUUUUGUGGUUCCGGUCCGUGAAUUUAGCAUUGGUGAUGCACUCUGGAUUUCUCACCUUUCUUCUCUAAAGCAUCUCAACCUGAAGAGUGUUAACUUUCAAAAUGGUACGCACUGGCUGGAAGCUCUGAACAUGCUUCCUUCUAUUCUGGAGAUAUACUUAUCUCUCUGCGAAAUUGGAAGUGUUCCCCACUCUCUUCCGCAUGUGAACUUUACAUCACUGUCUGUUCUUGAUUUGUCCUAUAAUUUCAUUAGCUCUACGAUACCCUCUUGGUUAUUCAACAUAAGUGGCCUUGAGCAUCUUGAUCUUAGUUCGAACAACCUUCAGGGUAAUAUUCCACCGACCUUUGGUAACUUGGCUUCCCUCGAGGAACUUAAUUUAGCUAACAAUCCUCUUCAAGGAGGAAUACCAACUUCCUUCAAAAAUCUGUGCAAGUUGCAGAAUUUAAUAUUGGCAGGCAUCAAUAUCAGCAAAGAUUUGUUAGGCCUUGAUGAAAGUUUUUCUGGUUGCGUCAAGAUGAGCCUAGAGGUUCUAGGCUUAUCCGGCACGAAUAUUAGUGGGCAGUUGCCUGAAUGGUUAUUCCAAUUCAGGAAGCUUAAAUCACUCCAGUUGAAGCAGAAUCUGAUUUCUGGGCCUAUUCCUGUAUCAAUUGGACAACUAGCAUCACUCCAAGAGCUCUUUCUUGGUCAAAAUCAAUUGAACGAAACAAUACCAGAAAGCGUGGGGUGGCUGUCUCAGCUUGUUUCUUUGGACCUUGAGCACAACAAUUUGGAGGGUGUAAUGUCUGAGGCGCAUUUUGGAAACCUCACAGAAUUGAAAGACUUGUAUUUGUCGUCCAACCCCUUGGCUCUAAAGGUCAAGAGCAAUUGGCUUCCUCCCUUCCAGCUUGAAUCCCUUCGGAUGGACUCUUGCAAACAGGGUCCUGAGUUCCCUGCAUGGCUCCAGUCGCAAAAAAAUAUUUCAGAAAUUGUUAUGUCUAAUGCUAGUAUUAUUGAUGCUAUGCCAGACUGGUUUUGGAGCUUAAUUUCCACAGCAGAGUACGUGAGUUUCUCCGGCAAUCAGAUCAGUGGCCACGUACCAAAUUUAUUGCAUUUAAACAACCUCAUCGAGUUGGAUUUAAGUUCAAACUACUUGGAGGGUCCUCUUCCAUAUUUUCCUCCUAGAUUGGAAGCAUUAGAUCUAUCAAACAAUUCAUUUUCAGGAACAAUUUCACUUGCCAUCAUCAUGAAUAUGCUAAACCUCAUGUAUUUAUCAUUUUCAGAAAACAAUUUAAGUGGUGAAAUUCCCUUCUCUAUAUGCAAACUGUCGGUCUUACAGUUUCUUGAUCUUUCAAAAAAUAUGUUAUCAGGAGAGCUCCCCAGUUGCUGGAAUGAUUCUUCCCCAAUUGAAUUUAUAGAUUUUUCAAGCAACAACAUAUCUGGAGUUAUUCCUGAGUCAAUAUGUUCCAUAGCAUCGCUUCAGUCGUUGCACUUGAGCAAUAACAGUCUAUCUGGAGAGCUGCCUUUGCCCUUGAAGGACUGUGGGAAAUUAUACCUUCUUGAUGCCGGAUAUAAUAAUUUGAAAGGUGAAAUUCCAACCUGGAUAGGUGAAAGUUUAACUAGUCUGAGGUUCCUCAAUCUGCGAUCAAAUAUGUUGGUCGGAGAUAUUCCUCCAAAUCUUUCAAGAUUGAGUGCUCUCCAAUUUCUCGACCUUGCGGGUAAUGAGCUAUCGGGUACUAUUCCAAGGAGCUUUGGAAAUUUUACUGCCAUGAAAGUAAUUGAAAAUUUUUCAAGUUCGACGACAGAUCAAAUUAGAUAUAAGGAGCAUAUGUUUAUUACAACUAAAGGAGACACUCAAGACUAUGGGAAGUCACUUUCGCUUAUGAAUAUUUUGGACCUCUCGGAUAAUAACUUAUUCGGAGGAGUACCUAAAGAAGUCACAAGUCUUUUUGGCUUAUUCAGCUUAAAUUUAUCUGGAAACCAUUUCACAGGAGAAAUCACUGAAAGUAUCAGUAAAUUACAACAAUUGGAGUCCCUUGACUUGUCAAGAAACAACUUUUCUGGCACAAUUCCUUCUAGCCUCGCUGCCUUGACUUAUUUGGCUCACUUGAACCUGUCAUACAACAACUUGUCAGGGGAAAUUCCUCUUGGUAAUCAACUUCUGACUUUCAAUGAUCCAUCGAUCUAUAUUGGCAAUCCUGAUCUUUGUGGGUUUCCUCUGAAUCAAAGUUGCAAAGAUAGUGAGACAGCACAAAGUCAAAGUAAUACAGAUGAUAGAGAUGAGAAUGAGAUGAUAUGGUUCUACACGAGCAUGGCACCAGGAUUUGUUGUUGGUUUCUGGGCAGUCUGGGGAUCAGAAAACGUUGUUGUUCCCAACAAGGAUGAUAAAUUUGAACAUCAAUAUCUGCUCAAUCAUACUGGGCAUGUCGUCAAGCUGGACCUCCACAAUCCGCCUCCUUUAUCUUAUGUUGGUGGCGAGGCAUACAACAACUGGACCUUAGGAGGUGAGUUGAGGCCUUCUUUACUUGGUCUGAAGCACCUAAAGUACCUGGACCUAAGCAUGAACAAUUUUGGAGGCAUUAGUAUUCCAGAAUUCAUGGGGUCAUUCCAUAAUCUCCAAUAUCUUAUCCUCUCCAGUGCUGGAUUGGGUGGACUCCUACCUCACCAGCUGGGAAAUCUCUCCAAUCUGCAGUAUCUAGACUUAUACAAUGACAUUUUUGUGGCUCCGGUCCAUGAAUUUAGCAUUGGUGAUGCACUCUGGAUUUCUCACCUUUCUUCUCUAAAGCAUCUCAACCUGAACAGUGUUAACUUUCAAAAUGGUACUCACUGGCUGGAAGCUCUGAACAUGCUUCCUUCUAUUGUGGAGAUAUACUUAUCUGACUGUGCAAUUCAAAGUGUUCCCCUCUCUCUUCCACAUGUGAACUUUACAUCACUGUCUGUUCUUGAUUUGUCGGAUAAUCUCAUUAACUCUACGAUGCCCUCUUGGUUAUCCAACAUAAGUGGCCUUGAGCACCUUGAUCUCAGUUACAACAACCUUCAGGGUAAUAUUCCACCGACCUUUGGUAACUUGGCUUCCCUCGAGGAACUUAAUUUUAAUAACAAUUCUCUUCAAGGAGGAAUACCCACUUCCUUCAAAAAUCUGUGCAGGCUGCAGAAUUUAAUAUUGAGAGCCAUCAAUAUCAGCAAAGAUUUGUUAGAACUCGAUGAAAUUUUCUCUGGUUGCAUCAAGAUGAGCUUAGAGAGCCUGGACUUAUCCGAAACGAAUAUUCGUGGGCAGCUGCCUGAAUGGUUAUUCCAACUCAGGAAGCUUAAAUCACUCCAGUUGGAGCAGAAUCUGAUUUCUGGUCCUAUUCCUGUAUCAAUUGGACAACUAGCAUCACUCCAAGAGCUCUAUCUUGGGGUAAAUCAGUUGAACGAAACAAUACCAGAAAGUGUCUGGUGGCUAUCUCAGCUAGUCGUUUUGGACCUUGGGCACAACAAUUUGGAGGGUGUAAUGUCUGAGGCGCAUUUUGGAAACCUCACAGAAUUGAAAUACUUAAUUUUGUCGUCCAACUCCUUGGCUCUGAAGGUCAAGAGCAAUUGGAUUCCUCCCUUCCUGCUUGAAUUCCUUUGGAUGGGCUCUUGCAAACUGGGUCCUGAGUUCCCUGCAUGGCUCCAGUCGCAAAUAAAUAUUUUCGAAAUUGAUAUGUCUAAUGCUAGUAUUAUUGAUGCUAUGCCAAACUGGUUUUGGAGCUUAAUUUCCACAGCAGGAUCCGUGAGUAUCUCCGGCAAUCAGAUCAGUGGCCACGUACCAAAUUUAUUGCAUUUAAACAACCUCAUCGAGUUGGAUUUAAGUUCAAACUACUUCGAGGGUCCUCUUCCGUAUUUUCCUCCUGGAUUGGAAUUAUUAGAUCUGUCAAAUAAUUCAUUCUCGGGAACAAUUUCACUUGACAUCAUCAUGAAUAUGCCUGACCUCCUAUAUUUAUCAUUUUCAGAAAACAAUUUAAGUGGUGAAAUUCCCUUCUCUGUAUGCCAACUGCAGGCCUUAUGGGUUCUUGAUCUUUCAAAAAAUAUGUUGUCAGGAGAGAUCCCCAAUUGUUGGAAUAAUUCUUCCAGUAUCAAAGAUAUGGAUUUUUCAAGCAACAACAUAUCUGGAGUUAUUCCAGAGACCAUAUGUUCCAUAGAAUCGCUUCUGUCAUUGCACUUGGGCAGUAAUAGUUUAUCUGGAGAGUUGCCUUUGUCAUUGAAAGGUUGUACGAAAUUAGUCCUUCUUGAUGCUGGACAUAAUGAUUUGAAAGGUGAAAUUCCAACUUGGAUUGGUGAAAGUUUAACUAGUCUGAGGUUCCUCAAUCUACGAUCAAAUAUGUUGGACGGAGAUAUUCCUCCAAAUCUUUCAAAAUUAAGUGCUCUCCAAUUUAUCGACCUUGCAGAUAAUAAGCUGUCGGGAAGUAUUCCAAGGAGCUUUGGAAAUUUUACUGCCAUGAAAGUUAAUGGAAAGUUUUCAAGUAGGAUGACAGAUGCAACAAGUUACAAGGAGCAGAUGCUAGUAACAACUAAAGGACAAACUCAAGACUAUAAGAAGUCACUUUCGCUUAUGAAUAUUUUGGACCUCUCGGAUAAUAACUUAUUUGGAGAAGUACUCGAAGAACUCACAAGUCUUUCUGGCUUAUUCAGUUUAAAUUUAUCUGGAAAUUAUUUCACAGGAGAAAUCAUUGAAAAUAUCAGUAAAUUACAACAGUUGGAGUCCCUUGACUUGUCAAGGAACAACUUUUCUGGCACAAUUCCUUCUGGCCUCGCUGCCCUGACUUAUUUGGCUCACUUGAACCUGUCAUACAACAACUUAUCAGGGGAAAUUCCUCUUGGUAAUCAACUUCUGACCUUCACUGAUCCAUCUAUCUAUACUGGCAAUCCUGGUCUUUGUGGGUUUCCUCUGAAUCAAAGUUGCAAAGACAGUGAGACAACACAAGGUCAAAGUAAUCCAGAUGAUAGAGAUGAGAACGAGAUGAUAUGGUUCUACACGAGCAUGGCACCAGGAUUUGUUGUUGGUUUCUGGGCAGUCUGGGGUACCUUAAUACUUAACAAGAAUUGGAACCUUUACUACUUCCGAUUUAUAGACAACAUGCUUGACAAAGUAUAUGUGUUUACCGUACUGAAAGUUUCUAGGAUCAGAAAACGUUGUUGUUCUGAACAAGGAUGAUAAAUUUGAACAUCAAUAUCUGCUGUAUGAGAGUUCAUCUCAUUAGUAUCAUAUCAUCAGCUUGAAUAAAA